AUUUUGCGCUGUUGAAGCAAAUACGUGAAGGGCGUUCAUUAUGUAGCUGCAUGGGAUCAAUCAAUGUGAUGACUGGCGUGGGGGCAAAAGAGGAAGUGAUGCUGUCAUGAGAAUGUAGUUUCCCAUUGACCUCCGCGCAGGCCCCCACAGCACAUCGUAUUUGGAGUAGUGCACUUCACUGGCUUUUAGUGUGUGCUCCACUAUGGACCGUAGAAGGGAUGCCCGGCACUGCAGGAAUCCCUUCAUCCUCCGGAAUGACAGAUGACAGAAGCACUAUGCUGUACAUCCUGGAAGAACCUCAGAUGCGCGGAGAAGGCGAGAGGCUUGAAACGUUCCAGACCUGGCCAACAGAUGCUCCUGUCACAUCUGGAGACCUCGCCAAGGCGGGGUUCUUCUUUUUAGGCCAAGGAGACAAAGUCCAGUGUUUCUGCUGUGGUGGGGUUUUAAGAUGUUGGGUACAUGGAGACAGUCCCACGGCCGAGCACAAGAGACAUUUCCCCACCUGCAGCUUCAUACUGGGACGAGCCGUGGGGAACAUUCCGCUGCGAGUUGGCUCCUCGGACUCUGUGGACGGGCAACUUUUGAGCCAACUCCAGAGGAUGACUAUGGAUGACCAGGGGACGGCAGGACAGGCAGUCUACCCCGAGAUGGAAGCAGAGGAUUCCCGGCUCACAACCUUCCACAACUGGCCCACAGAGGCUUCAGUCCAGCCGGAUCUUCUUGCCAGGGCUGGAUUUUUCUACACAGGUCACGGCGACAACGUCAAGUGCUUCUACUGCGAUGGAGGACUGAGGAACUGGGAGCUGGGAGACGACCCUUGGCAGGAGCACGCCAAGUGGUUCCCACGUUGUGAGUUUUUAAUUCAGUCAAGAGGGCAGGAAUAUAUCAGAAACAUCCAGGAUGCUCAUUUCCAUUUGGGUGAGACUGUGCCUGUGGAUGGCUCACAAAUGUCCACAGGCAGAGAAAUUGGCUCCAGAAAUGAUGUGGUUAGCAGUUUGUCAGCGUCGUCAGCUAUACUGUCCCCCGUGGUGCAGACGGUGCUCCAGAUGGGUUUUGAAGCCAGCCUGGUAGAGAGUCUAGUCCAGACCAAGUACCUUUUGACAGGCCAACACUACUCUCACGUGUCUGACCUGGUCAGCGAUGUGCUGCAGACGGAGGAGGAGGACAGGCAGAGAAGACCACAAAGUAGAGAGCACGAUGACGGACAAGGCCCUGGUGCUGGAAUCGUGAGGACCGUAACUCCCCUGAGAGACAAAGCUCCGACUGGGAGGGAGCCCAGCCCAGAGGAGCUCCUGAGGCAGCUGCAGGAGGAGAGGACGUGCAAAGUGUGCAUGGACAAGCUGGUGUCCAUCGUCUUCAUCCCCUGUGGUCACCUGGUGGUGUGUGGCGACUGUGCUGCCAGCCUGCGCCACUGUCCCAUCUGCAGGGCCGUCAUCAGAGGCAGCGUCCGUGCCUUCAUGUCCUGAGAGUGCCGCACGAGACUUUGACUUUUCCCCUUGAGAUUUUCCUUUGCAGGUUGCGUAUUGAAUAUUAUCAACACUAAACGUUUCAACGGUUUGCACAGUGAUUGUUAAUGCACUUUUUUUUUUUAACACCGAUUUCUACUAAAAGACACAAGAACACUGAAAGAGAACUAUGGUUUAUUAAGCACAGCUCUGGAGAAGGAAUACAGUCAGAUCACAUUAGGUAUAAGGAACACUGGGCACAAAAUGGAGGUGAAAAUAGAAAACACUUUUUAUACAAAGCGAGAGAAAUAUCUACAUAGAUGUGCCAUGGUUUUCAGUGGCCACUGGCACACAGGACAGUUUUAAACUACUGCAAUUCCAGUCACAAUUUGGUACGCUCCAUUAGAACAAGAUGGAAAACCAUUUACUGUAUUUGGUGACACUUUAGUAUACAGAACACAUAUUCACUAUUAAUUAGUUGCUUAUUAACAUGCAAAUUAGUAACAUAUUGGCUCUUAAUUAGUCAUUAUUAAGUACUUAUUAAUGCCUUAUUCCACAUGGCUUUAUUAUACAAACAGUAAGCCAUUAACUAAGUCUUCCCUCAACAACCUCAGAAUUUUUACUUAUUAGUAACCCUAACCGUAAGCCUAACCCUUGUAUGUUCCCCUAGUGUCCAAAUAACUAAUACUGAAAUGAGAUGUUCUUAUUUAAACGGGGAUAGCAGGUCCAUUCUAUGUGUCAUACUUGAUCAUUUUGCGAUAUUGCCCUAUUUUUGCUGAAAGGAUUUAGUAGAGAACAUCCACGAUAAAGUUUGCAACUUUUGGUCGCUAACAGAAAUGCCCUGCCUUUACCGGAAGUCACAGACGAUGAUGUCACCCGUUGAUGGCUCCUCACAUUGUUUUUAAUGGGAGCCUCCAACAAAAAGAGCUAUUCGGACCGAGAAAACGACAAUUUCCUCAUUAAUUUGAGCGAGGAUGAAAGAUUCAUGUUUGAGGAUAUUGAUAGCGACGAACUAGCAAAAAAAAAACGCGAUUGCAUUGGGAUGGAUUCAGAUGUUUUUAGACACAUUUACUAGGAUAAUUUUGUGAAAUACCUUAUCUUUCUAUUGUGUUGCUAGUGUUUUAGUGAGUUUAAUAGUACCUGAUAGUCGGAAGGGUCUUAUCCAAGGGUGUCUUGAGGCCAGUGUCUGAUGGAAGUCGACAGCAGCUGUACAAACGGCACAAGCUCAGCUGAUCUCCGGUAAGUGGCGACUUUUUACCACAAUUUUCUCACCGAAAACUGCUAGUUGACAUGUGGUCGGGAUCCAUGUUCACUUGACCGCUCUGAUCCAUAGUAAAGUUUCACCUCCGGGAAUUUUAAACAAAGUGUGUUUGUGUGGCUAAAGGCUAAAGCUUCCCAACUCCAUCUUUCUACUUUGACUUCUCCAUUAUUAACUGAACAAAUUGCAAAACAUUCAACAACACAUAUACUGUGUAAUUAUGCAGUUAAAGCAGACAACUUUUAGCUGUGUGUGUGCGCAGCGCUCAUAUUUCCUAACAGUCCGUGACGUCACGCAUACACGUCAGCAUUCCACGACGUUUUCAACACGAUACUUCGCGGGAAUUUUAAAAUUGCAAUUUAUUAAACUAAAAAGGCCGUAUUGGCAUGUGUUGCAAUGUUAAUAAUUCAUCAUUGAUAUAUAAACUAUCAGACUGUGUGGUGGGUAGUAGUGGGUUUCAGUAGGCCUUUAAGUCUUUGUUACUUUAACAAGCAACUAAUUAAUGGUGACUAUGUUCCCCAAGUAGGCCUUUAAGUCUUUGUUACUUUAACAAGCAACUAAUUAAUGGUGACUAUGUUCCCCAAACUAAAGUGUUACCCUGUAUUUAAUACUGAGUAUGACACAACACACACACCAGUUUGCCAAGUGUGCACAAUAGGUGUGACCUGUCCCUUCCAAUGGAGUUCACUGUACAGUCGUCCCUCGCCACAUCACGCUUCAAACAUUUUAGUAAACAUAUUCUACUACUCUAAAAUGGCCUAAAUCAGGCAUUUUCAAGCAUGCACAAUGGCAAAAAACAAACAAAACAAAAAUAUCCAUACCAUACUAGUUUUGGCCACUAGAGCAGUGGUCCCCAACCUUUUUUGCACCACGGACCAGUUUAAUGUAGGCAUUAUAUUUCACGGACCGGCUUUCCACAUGUGGCAGAUAAAUACAGCAAAAGUAAGUGCAUGAAAACUACAACUCACUAUAAGGCUGAAUUAGUGGAAGCCUUGGGCUUGAUUCCUUGCAAUGAGCUGCAGAUGGAAAUCAGCCUUUGGCGAGAAUCUGUCACAUUUAUAUUUUAUACGUUCAUUAAUGUGAAUUGUAUCACAAAAUUCUAACAAAUAUAAUAACUGGCAACACUUGGUUUCAUUGUACAUCUGUAAAUAACUAUUGGUGUGUCUAGUAGUGGAACAGGCGAAAGUUAAGUCGGAGAAAAUGGAGUCGUUUAUGAAUGAUUUAAUGUUUCUCUGCGGCCCGGUAGCAAAUGUGUCACGGACCGGUAUCAGUCCCCGGACUGUUGGUUGGGGACCCCAGCAGUAGAGUAAACCAAUCCGAAACAGUGCGCUGUUUAGUAUCGUAGCCACUGAUUGGUUUGGCAAAACUAUCGUUUUCAUUGAUUGAUUGAAACUUUUAUUGGUAGAUUGUACAGUUCAGUACAUAUUCCGUACAAUUGACCACUAAAUGGUAACACCCGAAUACGUUUUUAAGUCGGGGUCCACGUUAAUCAAUUCAGUAUACUUGAUAAGUAUAAAAAUGAUUACAGUGUUUUUUUCAUGUCAAGAAACCUCUCAAAAUGUUGAAAAACAUAUUUAGACGAUCAUAUCCAAGUUUUGUUAUGCUCUUGCUAUACAAAUAUUCAAUUUAUAAUGAAUGAUUCUUAUUUGUUUGUAAGGUCCGCGAUCAAUAAACCGCGAUAAACGAGGGACAACUGUAUUUGAAAAGAUCCAAUGUGAAAUGGCAUUUUUCAGAACAUCUGCCAGUAACAAUGUUACUGGAAUCUGAUGACCAGCCAUAUACUUAAUAGACCACUGCAAAAUAAAAACUAAAAUGGGUCUUUUUUCACACCUUGUUGGAUCCUUAUCCCAAAUUAAGCACUUUAGAUUCAGUAAAAAAAAAAAAAAAAAAAAAAUUA